CUCACAAAAUGUUUACUGACGCAGGCUCGGUUGUAUCUAUUCUAUUCGAGUUCAAUGGAUAUGCCAUUCGUAGGCGCCUGGACGAACCGAUCAAGCUACAUAUCAAUGAAACGGCAUAAUCUGUAAUUAUUGUAGUCACAUGGUAACGUUAUACGGAUAAACAAAGUAGUGAUCUGUAUAUACUGUAACAAAAAACAAGAACACGAUUAUGGGAAGAUAGACUGCUGCGGGUUUUCACAGUAUGUGGAAGAGGCACUUCGUUAACGUUACGGCUUGGAAGGCAACGCCUGGAUAAAGAAGUUAUUUUUCUCCUGCAUUCUUGGAUUUAAGAAUAUGGGUGUAACGUUACCUCAGCGGUGCAUUAAAGUGAUCUGGGUCCUUGGGUUGUUUUAUGGGCUCAGUGACAGUAUUGGAAGCUCAGUCUCACAACAGACCUCCCAGCUGUCCGCGUAUGAAGUGACCGUGCCCAGGCGGAUAGGAAAGCAGAGGAGAGACCUGGAUGGUGUGACCUCAAGCACGGUCUCCUAUGUCAUCCAUGCCCAGGGGAAGGACCACGUGAUCGUCCUGGAGAAAAACGAGCUGCUUCUCCCGGAUGACUUCACUGUGUACUCGUACGGGAAGGACGGCUCUCUGAUCACAGAGAGGCCCCGCGUGCAGGAUCACUGCCAUUACCAGGGUUACGUGGAGGACAUGGAGGGCUCGUCUGUGGCCCUCAGCGUCUGCGCAGGCCUGAGGGGUGUCCUCCACAUGGACAAUGGGAGUUUUGGGAUCGAGCCCCUGGAGUCCUCCACUGGCUUCCAGCACCUGGUGUACCGGCUGGAGGACGUGCGGACGGAACCGCUGAAGUGCGGGACGGCCCACUCGGAGACGGACCACACCCAAGACCACGACCACGACCACGACCACGACCCACGGGCGGUCCCCGUCAGCCACCUGCUCAGAAGGAAACGGGCUGUGCUGCAUCAGACGCACUACGUGGAGCUGCUACUGGUGGUGGAUAAUGACAGGUUUAACUACAUGAACAGGAACCAGACGGCCGUGCGGGAAGAGAUGGUCCAGCUUGCCAACUACAUCGACAGCAUGUAUGUGGCCCUAAACAUCCGCAUCGUUCUGGUGGGGCUGGAGAUCUGGAGCCAGGUGAACCCCAUCAACACGGACGGCAGCGCGGGGGAGGUCCUGGGCCGCUUCGUCCAGUGGAGGGAGCAGAACCUGGUGCACCGCCGCAGGCACGACAGCGCCCAGCUCAUCCUGAAGAAGAGUUUCGGGGGCACUGCGGGGAUGGCGUUCGUCAGCACGGUGUGCUCGCGGAGUCACGGUGGAGGAAUCAACGCGUACACCAGCACCAACGUCCAGGCCUUUGCGUCCAUCGUUGCCCACGAGCUGGGGCACAACCUGGGCAUGAACCACGACGACGGGCGGAACUGCCUCUGCACCGUCGGCAGCUGCAUCAUGAACUCCGGAGCUACCGGCUCCCGCAACUUCAGCAGCUGCAGCGCCGACGACUUCGAGAAGCUGAUCCUGCUGAGCGGCGGCAGCUGCCUGCUCAACAUCCCGCGGCCCGACGAGGCCUACAGCGCCCCCUUCUGCGGGAACAGGCUGGUGGACGUGGGGGAGGAGUGCGACUGCGGCUCCGAAAAGGAGUGCGAGAAGGACCCCUGCUGCCAGGCCAAGACCUGCAAGCUUACAUCGGGGUCGCAGUGCGCCGAUGGAGUGUGCUGCAAGAACUGUCAGUUCCUGCCGGGGGGGACGGAGUGCAGGAGCAGCAUGGACGAGUGCGACCUGCCCGAGUUCUGCAACGGCUCCUCCUCCGUCUGCCAGGGAGACGUCUUCAAGCAGGACGGCCACCCCUGCAAGGACAGCCAGGCCUACUGCUACAACGGGAAGUGCCGGCACUACCACAAGCAGUGCCAGGCCCUUUUCGGAGAGAAGGCCAAGGCUGCCCCGGAGCUCUGCUUCAAAGACGUCAACUCCAAGGGAGACCGCUUCGGGAACUGCGGGUACCAGGGUCACGGCUACAAGAAGUGCGAAAGCAGGAACGCCAUGUGCGGGAAGCUGCAGUGCGAGAACGUGCAGACGGUCACGGUCUUCGGCAUCGAGCCCUCCAUCAUCAAGACGCCCAUCGCCGGGACCACGUGCUGGGGGGUGGACUUCCGGCUGGGGUCGGACGUCCCCGACCCGGGCAUGGUGAACGAGGGGACCAGGUGCGAGGAGAACAAGGUGUGUUUGAAUUACCAAUGUGUGAACGUGGACGUUCUGAAGUACGACUGCAACGUGCAGGAAAAAUGCCAUGGUCAUGGUGUGUGCAACAGCAAUAAAAACUGUCACUGUGACAACGGCUGGGCCCCUCCCAACUGCGAGGCCAAGGGCUACGGCGGCAGCAUCGACAGCGGCCCCACGUGGAACGAUAAGGACACCUCCACCAGGGACGGCCUACUGGUCUUCUUCUUCCUGGUGCUGCCCCUGCUGGCCGUGGGCCUCUACGCCUUCUUCAGGAGGAACGAGCUGCGGCGGCGCUUCUGCAGGAAGAAGAGGUCCCAGGGCUACGAGGCCAACAGCAGAACUCCGCCCCCGAGCGGGCGGGGAGAACCCCAAAGAAGCAACUCCAACAACAUCGUCAAGGACGGACACCAGGUUCAGUUAUUACCACCUGAGGAGGUCGUACAGACGAGCAGGUCCGCCUCCGUGCCGCCGUAUGCCGCCAAGCCUCCCCCGCCGCCGCCUCACCCGCGGCCGCCCGCUGCAAAACAACUGGUGCCUCAAAGACCCGCCCCGCUGCCCCCGCACAGGUCCUGAGAGCAGGGGGCAGGAUCAGCGGGGGCACAUCACUCAAACUCUUCCCCGAAGCUUUCGAAACCGCAGUCAGCCAAAUCCAAAAUAGACACGCAGUCACUUGAAAGAUGAACGCUCCCUGCAAUAAGGAACUCUUGUCAACCCACGCAAGUCUCCAUUCGCUCUGAUGGCCUCUGAUGACCCUAAAUGCAAGGAGCGGAAAU